GUCACGUGUCCCACUGUUCAGCGUUUAUGACCCAGGCAAAGCACAUCAUACAUGUGGUCCUGUAGGUGUCUGAAAGGCCCCUGGGGCCUCGGGGUAGGAGGAGUUUGGGAGGGACAUGACAAUUUACAGAUAGGCCCAUUCUAGGACCCAGAACGGCUAAAGAUAGAAUGUGGCGGGGCAGUCCUGUGUGGGGAGGCUCAGCAUAAGCCAUGACGGUGAGGCUGGGGUGGGUAUAUUGGGAUGGCAGCCUGGGAUGGUAGCAUAUAAGGUCUUGUUUGUUCCUGAAGUUUGGAAGACUGGCUGUGAUAGAAGGGGGUCCUCUCCAGCCUCCUAAGGGCAGAAUGAUUUAAUCUCGCAGACCUCAAGAGAACGUGAUGAACCCACCAUGUCUAGCCUUCUGGGAAGGCCCCCCUCUUCUUUCCUGCUUUUUUCUGCUGAGCCUCCUGGGUCUGGGAUCCCUCAGUAUGGGGGCUCUAAUGCAGAGCUCAGCCUUUCCAUAAGCUGAGACAGGCCCAGGAGGACAGAACUCUGCCUCCUUAUCGCCCCCUGCCCAGCUCUUCUCAGCGAUGCAGACUGGCCUCUACUCUGCUUCUUGGGAACCUGAAAGGUAGGGUUUUUCCACACCCUUCUGCCAAGGGGCUCCCUGAAGCCAGAACUCAUGUAGUCACACACAGGGUAAAUACACCACUUUUCUCUCUGUCUCAGGUCCAUGACUGACCAAGUGUGGCCACCCAUCUUCUAAGUAGAGGGGCCAGGAGGCUCUCGUAGCUGUGGGGCCCCAAAGUCCAGUGUGGCCUGGAGGGUGUGUGACCUCUCCAUCCCAGUCUCCAUCGAGGACAUUCAGGAGGUACGGAUGGGGCACCGCACCGAAGGCCUGGAGAAGUUUGCCCGCGACAUACCUGAGGACCGCUGCUUCUCCAUCGUCUUCAAGGACCAGCGCAACACACUAGACCUCAUCGCCCCGUCGUCAGCUGACGCCCAGCACUGGGUGCAGGGCCUGGGCAAGGUCAUCCAUCACUCCGGCUCCAUGAACCAGCGGCAGAAGCUGCAGCACUGGAUUCACUCCUGCCUGCGAAAGGCUGAUAAAAACAAGGACAACAAGAUGAACUUCAAGGAGCUGAAGGACUUCCUGAAGGAACUCAACAUACAGGUGGACGACAGCUAUGCCAGGAAGAUCUUCAGGGAAUGUGACCACUCCCAGACAGACUCGCUGGAGGAUGAGGAGAUCGAGACCUUCUACAAGAUGCUGACCAAGCGGGCAGAGAUCGACCGCGUCUUUGCAGAGGCUGCGGGAUCCUCGGAGACCCUGUCAGUGGAGAAGCUAGUCACGUUUCUGCAGCAUCAGCAGCGGGAGGAGGCGGCAGGGCCAGCACUGGCCCUCUCCCUCAUUGAGCGCUACGAGCCCAGUGAGACUGCCAAGGCACAGCGGCAGAUGACCAAGGAUGGCUUCCUCAUGUACUUGCUCUCUGCCGAUGGCAGCGCCUUCAGCCUGGCCCACCGCCGUGUCUACCAGGACAUGGACCAGCCACUCAGCCACUACCUAGUGUCCUCUUCCCACAACACCUACCUGCUGGAAGAUCAGCUCACAGGGCCCAGCAGCACAGAGGCCUACAUCCGGGCUCUGUGCAAAGGCUGCCGCUGCCUGGAACUGGACUGCUGGGACGGUCCCGGUCAGGAACCCGUCAUCUACCACGGCUACACUUUUACAUCUAAGAUCCUCUUCUGCGACGUGCUCAGGGCCAUCCGGGACUAUGCCUUCAAGGCGUCCCCCUACCCAGUCAUCCUGUCCCUGGAGAACCACUGCAGCCUGGAGCAGCAGAGAGUGAUGGCCCGUCACCUGAAGGCCAUCCUGGGGCCCCUGCUGCUGGACCGGCCUCUGGAGGGGGUUACCACGAGCCUGCCUUCCCCCGAGCAACUGAGGGGCAAGAUCCUGCUGAAAGGGAAGAAGUUUGGAGGGCUGCUGCCUGCGGGAGGGGAAGACGGGCCUGAGGCCACUGAUGUGUCUGACGAAGACGAGGCCGCUGAAAUGGAGGACGAGGCUGUUCGGAGCCAAGUGCAGCAGAAGCCCAAGGAGGAUAAGCUGAAGCUGGUGCCGGAGCUCUCCGACCUGGUCAUUUACUGCAAGAGUGUCCACUUCGGGGGCUUCUCCAAUCCUAGCACCUCCGAGCAGGCAUUCUAUGAGAUGGCUUCCUUCUCCGAGAACCGUGCCCUCCGGCUGCUGCAAGAAUCAGGAAACAGUUUUGUCCGCCAUAACGUGAACCACCUGAGCAGGAUCUAUCCAGCUGGGAGAAGAACAGAUUCCUCCAACUACAGUCCCGUGGAGAUGUGGAAUGGGGGCUGUCAAAUUGUGGCUCUGAACUUCCAAACCCCUGGGCCGGAAAUGGAUGUCUACCUGGGCCGCUUCCAGGACAAUGGAGCCUGUGGGUAUGUGCUGAAACCUGCCUUCCUGAGAGACCCCAACACCACCUUCAGCUCACGUGCCCUGACUCAGGGGCCCUGGUGGGCUCGGAAGAGGCUCCGUGUCCGGAUCAUCUCUGGACAGCAGCUACCAAAAGUCAACAAGAGUAAGAAUUCAAUCGUGGACCCCAAGGUGAUAGUGGAGAUCCACGGUGUGGCCCGGGACGUGGCCAGCCAUCAGACCACAGUUAUUACUAAUAAUGGUUUCAACCCGUGGUGGGACACAGAGUUUGAGUUUGAGGUAGCAGUGCCCGACCUUGCCCUCGUACGCUUCGUAGUGGAGGACUAUGAUGCCUCCUCUAAGAAUGACUUCAUUGGCCAGAGUACUAUCCCCUGGAACAGCCUCAAGCAGGGGUACCGCCACAUCCACCUCUUGUCUAAGAACGGAGACCAUCAUCCAUCAGCCACGCUCUUUGUGAAGAUCUCCAUCCAGGACUAAACCUGGAGACUGGGUGAGGUCCACCCUGACUGGGCCCAGCUGGAUCCACACCUCGGGCAAGACUGGCAUUGUCGCACCGACUUCCGGUGCAGAGCUUGAGGCCCUGACCUGCCUUCAUGGAGCUCUAACACAUCACCUGUGCUUCUGCCUCUCAGGGGACCCAAGAGCGGUCCAGUGCCCGGAGUGGUCCACACUUCCGUUAGGAGGAACACUGAAGCCCUCUCCAUACCCUCUAGCUGUCUUUAGGUUGUGAGUUUUUAUAAAAGUCACCAGGUAAA